AUGAGUCACAAAACAUUUGGCUUUUUCGAUCUAAGGCUUAAGCUCUCUUCGUUGAAAGCAGAAGACAAACCUAACUGCCUUUCUCAGAUCUCACUGCCUCUCUUGCUCUGGAAGCUUAAGCUCUCUCUCCUCUCUCAGACAUUUGGCUUUUUCGAUCUAAAGCUUAAGCUCUCUUCGUUGAAAGCAGAAGACAAACCUAACUGCCUUUCUCAGAUCUCACUGCCUCUCUUGCUCUGGAAGCUUAAGCUCUCUCUCCUCUCUCAGACAUUUGGCUUUUUCGAUCUAAAGCUUAAGCUCUCUUCGUUGAAAGCAGAAGACAAACCUAACUGCCUUUCUCAGAUCUCACUGCCUCUCUUGCUCUGGAAGCUUAAGCUCUCUCUCCUCUCUCAGACAUUUGGCUUUUUCGAUCUAAAGCUUAAGCUCUCUUCGUUGAAAGCAGAAGACAAACCUAACUGCCUUUCUCAGAUCUCACUGCCUCUCUUGCUCUGGAAGCUUAAGCUCUCUCUCCUCUCUCAGACCUUUGGCUUUUUCGAUCUAAAGCUUAAGCUCUCUUCUUUGAAAGCAGACGACAAACCUAAAUGCCUCUUUCAGAUCUCACUGCCUCUCUUGCUCUGGAAGCUUAAGCUCUCUCUCCUCUCUCAGACAUUUGGCUUUUUCGAUCUAAAGCUUAAGCUCUCUUCGUUGAAAGCAGAAGACAAACCUAACUGCCUUUCUCAGAUCUCACUGCCUCUCUUGCUCUGGAAGCUUAAGCUCUCUCUCCUCUCUCAGACAUUUGGCUUUUUCGAUCUAAAGCUUAAACUCUCUUCGUUGAAAGCAGAAGACAAACCUAACUGCCUUUCUCAGAUCUCACUGCCUCUCUUGCUCUGGAAGCUUAAGCUCCCUCUCCUCUCUCAGACAUUUGGCUUUUUCGAUCUAAAGCUUAAGCUCUCUUCGUUGAAAGCAGAAGACAAACCUAACUGCCUUUCUCAGAUCUCACUGCCUCUCUUGCUCUGGAAGCUUAAGCUCUCUCUCCUCUCUCAGACAUUUGGCUUUUUCGAUCUAAAGCUUAAGCUCUCUUCGUUGAAAGCAGAAGACAAACCUAACUGCCUUUCUCAGAUCUCACUGCCUCUCUUGCUCUGGAAGCUUAAGCUCUCUCUCCUCUCUCAGACAUUUGGUUUUUUCGAUCUAAAGCUUAAGCUCUCUUCGUUGAAAGCAGAAGACAAACCUAACUGCCUUUCUCAGAUCUCACUGCCUCUCUUGCUCUGGAAGCUUAAGCUCUCUCUCCUCUCUCAGACAUUUGGCUUUUUCGAUCUAAAGCUUAAGCUCUCUUCUUUGAAAGCAGACGACAAACCUAAAUGCCUCUUUCAGAUCUCACUGCCUCUCUUGCUCUGGAAGCUUAAGCUCUCUCUCCUCUCUCAGACAUUUGGCUUUUUCGAUCUAAAGCUUAAGCUCUCUUCCUUUUUCGAUCUAAAGCUUAAGCUCUCUUCUUUGAAAGCAGACGACAAACCUAAAUGCCUCUUUCAGAUCUCACUGCCUCUCUUGCUCUGGAAGCUUAAGCUCUCUCUCCUCUCUCAGACAUUUGGCUUUUUCGAUCUAAAGCUUAAGCUCUCUUCGUUGAAAGCAGAAGACAAACCUAACUGCCUUUCUCAGAUCUCACUGCCUCUCUUGCUCUGGAAGAUCUCACUGCCUCUCUUGCUCUGGAAGCUUAAGCUCUCUCUCCUCUCUCAGACAUUUGGCUUUUUCGAUCUAAAGCUUAAGCUCUCUUCUUUGAAAGCAGACGACAAACCUAAAUGCCUCUUUCAGAUCUCACUGCCUCUCUUGCUCUGGAAGCUUAAGCUCUCUCUCCUCUCUCAGACAUUUGGCUUUUUCGAUCUAAAGCUUAAGCUCUCUUCGUUGAAAGCAGAAGACAAACCUAACUGCCUUUCUCAGAUCUCACUGCCUCUCUUGCUCUGGAAGCUUAAGCUCUCUCUCCUCUCUCAGACAUUUGGCUUUUUCGAUCUAAAGCUUAAGCUCUCUUCGUUGAAAGCAGAAGACAAACCUAACUGCCUUUCUCAGAUCUCACUGCCUCCCUUGCUCUGGAAGCUUAAGCUCUCUCUCCUCUCUCAGACAUUUGGCUUUUUCGAUCUAAAGCUUAAGCUCUCUUCGUUGAAAGCAGAAGACAAACCUAACUGCCUUUCUCAGAUCUCACUGCCUCUCUUGCUCUGGAAGCUUAAGCUCUCUCUCCUCUCUCAGACAUUUGGCUUUUUCGAUCUAAAGCUUAAGCUCUCUUCGUUGAAAGCAGAAGACAAACCUAACUGCCUUUCUCAGAUCUCACUGCCUCUCUUGCUCUGGAAGCUUAAACUCUCUCUCCUCUCUCAGACAUUUGGCUUUUUCGAUCUAAAGCUUAAGCUCUCUUCUUUGAAAGCAGACGACAAACCUAAAUGCCUCUUUCAGAUCUCACUGCCUCUCUUGCUCUGGAAGCUUAAGCUCUCUCUCCUCUCUCAGACAUUUGGCUUUUUCGAUCUAAAGCUUAAGCUCUCUUCCUUAAGCUCUCUCUCCUCUCAGACAUUUGGCUUUUUCGAUCUAAAGCUUAAGCUCUCUUCGUUGAAAGCAGAAGACAAACCUAACUGCCUUUCUCAGAUCUCACUGCCUCUCUUGCUCUGGAAGCUUAAGCUCUCUCUCCUCUCUCAGACAUUUGGCUUUUUCGAUCUAAAGCUUAAGCUCUCUUCGUUGAAAGCAGAAGACAAACCUAACUGCCUUUCUCAGAUCUCACUGCCUCUCUUGCUCUGGAAGCUUAAGCUCUCUCUCCUCUCUCAGACCUUUGGCUUUUUCGAUCUAAAGCUUAAGCUCUCUUCUUUGAAAGCAGACGACAAACCUAAAUGCCUCUUUCAGAUCUCACUGCCUCUCUUGCUCUGGAAGCUUAAGCUCUCUCUCCUCUCUCAGACAUUUGGCUUUUUCGAUCUAAAGCUUAAGCUCUCUUCGUUGAAAGCAGAAGACAAACCUAACUGCCUUUCUCAGAUCUCACUGCCUCUCUUGCUCUGGAAGCUUAAGCUCUCUCUCCUCUCUCAGACAUUUGGCUUUUUCGAUCUAAAGCUUAAGCUCUCUUCGUUGAAAGCAGAAGACAAACCUAACUGCCUUUCUCAGAUCUCACUGCCUCUCUUGCUCUGGAAGCUUAAGCUCUCUCUCCUCUCUCAGACAUUUGGCUUUUUCGAUCUAAAGCUUAAGCUCUCUUCGUUGAAAGCAGAAGACAAACCUAACUGCCUUUCUCAGAUCUCACUGCCUCUCUUGCUCUGGAAGCUUAAGCUCUCUCUCCUCUCUCAGACAUUUGGCUUUUUCGAUCUAAAGCUUAAGCUCUCUUCGUUGAAAGCAGAAGACAAACCUAACUGCCUUUCUCAGAUCUCACUGCCUCUCUUGCUCUGGAAGCUUAAGCUCUCUCUCCUCUCUCAGACAUUUGGUUUUUUCGAUCUAAAGCUUAAGCUCUCUUCGUUGAAAGCAGAAGACAAACCUAACUGCCUUUCUCAGAUCUCACUGCCUCUCUUGCUCUGGAAGCUUAAGCUCUCUCUCCUCUCUCAGACAUUUGGCUUUUUCGAUCUAAAGCUUAAGCUCUCUUCUUUGAAAGCAGACGACAAACCUAAAUGCCUCUUUCAGAUCUCACUGCCUCUCUUGCUCUGGAAGCUUAAGCUCUCUCUCCUCUCUCAGACCUAA